AUCUAUCGUACUCAAGCAUUCGCAACUCGGCAGCUGAGCAGUCGAGAUUUAAAAUAAUAUAUUAAUAUUUUGCAUAUUCUUUAACGCAGUGUAACAGAGUUCACAUUAAAGUGAAUAAUUCCGAUGUUUUUGAUAAGGAAGUUAGUAGAUUGUCUACAAGAAGUGAAGGCUAUUGACUUCACUGAUACUUCUAAAACUCAAGUGCGUUUGAACAAGAACAAAGCUGAGAACGCGCUAAAUUUAAUAUACCAAAUCGGUCUAAAAGAAGAAACCUUCACCACUGAAGAAAAAGUAAUUAUCGGAAAUUUAUUAGCUGACACCAUAGAAUAUUUGCAAGUCAACAUCGAGAACACCGCCAACGUCUACCGAACAAGACUGAGCAAUUCUGUUCUCAGAAAAAGAUCAGCUGUUCAGUUCUUGCUUGAUAACUACUCCCAGUUCCCAGUUGGAAAUUCAACUUUGGCUGAUAAGUUCCGGGAAGUGAAUAUUGAAGAAAGCGUCGAGAUACUCGACGAUAUUAUUGACAAUUGGCAUGAUAUGACUGAUUCUGACGAGGGCUCAAGUGACAGAGAAAGCGCCGGUGCAAACGAAGUACCAGAAUCCCAUACCUGGUGGUCGCUAUAAGGUAUCAAAAUCUAAAUAUGAAUUUCCUUUCCAAUAUAGCUGAUUCCAUCCCGGUGGUUGGUCAUGUCAAGGGAAUCGUCCAUUAUGCAGUUGGAGAUUCUGAAGGCGGAAACAAAGCUAUGUACCAAGCCACCAGAACUUCAGUAGUUUUGGGAGCUGGUGCUGCUGGAUCUCUUGCUGGUCCGGCAGGAGCUGCAGCAGCUGCUAUGUAUGCUGGUGCUCUUACAGACACUGUUGCUUCUGUAGCCAUGGAUGAGCCUCAAGGAUUAAUGAAAGGGUGUAAGAAUAUAGCAGAAGAUGUGAAAGAAGGGAAAAAUCCGAUGGGUUCGAUAGCAAGUACAGGGUUCCAAGUGGCAAUGGAUGGGGUGGGUGGUUUAGGAAUGGGUGGUGUUUCUAGUGCGGCGAGUCAAGUUUCAGAAAAAGCUGUAGCAAAAGGUGUGGAAAAUAUUGCGAAGAAUGCAGUCAAGAAUGUUGGAGAAAAGACCAUUGAGCAAACUAUGAAGAUGACGGGAGAACAAGUGGUAAAGAAGGUGACGAAGACUGUUACGGAGAAGGCGGUGAAGAAAGUUAUCGAAAAGGCAGUCGUUCAAGCGGAGAUUGCUUUGGUAACGACUCAUGUUUGCAUGCAAGCUGAUGAACGUACUAAAGAAGAAAAAAGAAAAAGUGAUAGAGAGGAACGUGAUAGAGCAGAAAGACGAAGACGUGAAAGAGAAGAAAGGGAAGAACGGGAACGACGUGCUAGAGAAGAAAGGGAACGACAAGAACGACGUGCUAGAGAAGAGAGGGAACAACAAGAACGACGUGCUAGAGAACAACAGGAACAGCAUACUAGAGAACAACAGGAACAACGUGCUAGAGAAGAAAGGGAACGACGUGCUAGAGAAGAGAGGGAACAAGAAGAACGACGUGCUAGAGAACAACAGGAACAGCGUACUAGAGAACAACAGGAACAACGUGCUAGAGAAGAAAGGGAACGACGUGCUAGAGAAGAGAGGGAACAAGAAGAACGACGUGCUAGAGAACAACAGGAACAGCGUACUAGAGAACAACAGGAACAACGUGCUAGAGAAGAAAGGGAACGACAAGAACGACGUGAUAGAGAAGAGAGGGAACAACAAGAACGACGUGCUAGAGAACAACAGGAACAGCGUACUAGAGAACAACAGGAACAACGUGAUAGAGAAGAAAGAGAACAACAAGAACGACGUGGUAGGGAACAACAGCAACGUUCUAAUACUCCUGAAAAAAACUCUGAAUCUACACAACCACCACGAAGAAAUAGAGGUAAUAGAAAAGGAUCUAGAAAUGAUGAACCUGACUAUUUUGCUAUUUUCAAGAAUUUAUUGGAAGAACUAUUGAAUGAUAUCUUCGGUGUGGAAAGACCAUAUACAAGAUCAAGAGCCUACAUUUCUCAAAUUUUUCAACAACUGUCAAAAGGACAAAUUAAUUAUUUGUCAGACAUAAUUGCAAGAUUAUACAAAGGUGAAAUCUUAGAGGAAGUAGUAAGAUUAGUAAUUAGAAUGUUCUCAGAACAUUUUCCUGAAGAUAUAUCACUCUUAAAUUUCCAAAGUUUGAUGGAAUUUGCUGCGGUUUACGUUCAAGAAGAAAUAGAUUACCGAACUGAGGUUUACAGAUCCGUCGAGAUGAUAUGGAGAGAAAGUGAUAGUUCUGUUGUAAAGAUGGCUGCUAAGGACCUCAAAGAAACAAUUGUUUCAACUAUCAUGAACUUGGCAGAUAUUGUCAGAAUGAUAGUCGAUAUUUUUGAGAGUCUAAAAUCGGGCAUCGAGUCUGAACCGGCGGCUAAUAAUUUGUAUCCGAACUUUCGAAAUAUAUUCGCGGCAGUUUAUCAUUACUUUAAGCAUCGAAGCGUUCCUGGCGACGGAGUUCUGACGAUUGGAGAGUACUACGAAUGGAUAAGAAGAGUUUUGGAAAAACUUGGAGGACAACAACGGUACAGAGAUUUGGUGGAAGCGCAGACUGCCGGAGAAGUAAGAGCAAAUGUUAAGUUUGAGGUGUACAUUGUUGCAUUUGGCAGACGAAUCAGGAUUGUUGUUAAAUUCGAGGGCGAUACAAUUAUAUUAGCAUCUUGUUUUUUUUGCAAUACCACGUUCGAUGAUGAUGAAGAAGGAAUGGUAUGGAUAGUCAUUCGUCGUUUUUGAAAAAUCGUUUUGGAAUUAUCCGUAGAAAUUUAUAAAGUAAUAUGUAAUCAAUAAAAACUCAUUUUGUCAAUAUAUAUACACCAAGGUUGAAAAAUAUUUAAUUAAAAAAUUAUGUAUCUUUUGUUUAAAUAAAAAUUAGUCAUAGUUAUUCAUUAAA